AGAAGUAACAACAGCCAGUGUAGACAAAAAGAACUGCUUCUCCCUUCUUUCCCCUCCAAGGUCCUAGUGGAGAGCUAAGCCCAGCAUCCCAGACUUGUGUGACUAUACAGGCAAGCUUUUGGAGACUUUUAACUUCACUUUGGUACCCUAGCCUACAGCAGCUUAAGGUGUUGGCUUUCUAGGCAGACAGGAGGCUUUUAAGUAGCAAAGCUCCCUGCACUCAGCAAGCCCAACAUCAUGGGGAAGGGAGACGUGGAAGCACCACCCACCUCGGCCUACCGCUCUGUCAUGGAGGAGUAUGGUUACGAAGUGGGCAAAGUCAUUGGCAAUGGCUCCUAUGGGACAGUGUAUGAGGCUUACUACACAAAGCAGAAGGUCAUGGUGGCCGUCAAGAUCAUCUCGAAGAAGAAGGCCUCUGAGGACUAUCUUAACAAGUUCCUGCCCCGUGAGAUACAGGUGAUGAAGGUCCUGCGGCACAAGCAUCUCAUCAACUUCUAUCAGGCCAUCGAGACCACAUCCCGGGUCUACAUCAUCCUGGAGCUGGCUCAGGGUGGUGACGUUCUUGAGUGGAUCCAGCGCUACGGGGCCUGCUCUGAGCCCCUUGCUGGAAAGUGGUUCUCCCAGCUGACCCUGGGCAUCGCCUACCUUCACAGCAAAGGCAUCGUGCACCGCCUUUCUGCUGCUGGUAGGGACUUAAAGUUGGAGAACCUGCUGCUGGACAAGCGGGAGAAUGUGAAGAUAUCGGACUUUGGCUUCGCCAAGAUGGUGCCUUCUAACCAGUCUGUGCGGAAUAGCCCUUCCUACCGCCAAGUGAACUGCUUCAGCCACCUCAGCCAGACCUACUGUGGCAGCUUUGCUUAUGCCUGCCCGGAGAUCUUGCUUGGCUUGCCCUACAACCCCUUCCUGUCUGACACCUGGAGCAUGGGCGUCAUCCUCUACACUCUAGUGGUCGCCCGUCUACCCUUUGAUGACACCAAUCUCAAGAAGCUGCUGAAAGAGACUCAGAAGGAGGUCACUUUUCCACCUAACUAUGCCAUCUCCCAGGAGUGCAAGGUCCGGCUGCUCAUUGCCUGUGUGGCACAGUAGGGGGCCAGCUCAGCCAAGACCUCUCUCUCCCCUGCCCUAGAACCUGGUCCUCCAGACGCUACGCCAAGCCAACAAGCGUGCCACCAUCCUGGACAUCAUCAAGGAUCCCUGGGUGCUGAAGUUCCAGCCUGAGCAACCCACCCAUGAGAUCAGGCUACUCGAGGCCAUGUGCCAGCCCCCCAGCACCACUAAUCGUCACCAGUCCUUGGAAAUCAGUACCUGAAAGUGGCAGAGGGGGGAGGGGGGUUGAAAGAGGAGCAAAGCAGGAGGGUCUGGGGAUAAAAAUCUUUUAUACCAAAAAUAAAUAAAUCUAAUUCUGUUUUAGUUUCA